CGGGCAAAAAGUAAAAAUCCAAAUAUUACUACAAAUGUCAAUUGUCCGGUUUUUCAACAUCAAGAAAAAUAUUUCAAAAACAUUAGGAACUGUUGUAUUUCGAAAUGUUUCAUGAAUUGUUAGCAGCUUUAAAUGGUCUUCCUGGAAGCAUUUUUAUGAUUCAGAUGACAAAAUUCAGUAUGUUUCAUUUAUUCUUUAAGUUUUUGGUGAGGCUUAUGAAGGCUUUAUUUCAUUUCAAGGUUUCAUCUUCUAUUCCAAACCUGAAUCCUGCUGAACAGAACAUCUUAGAACGACUUUGCUCCUUAGGAUCAAAAUGUAAAUAUUUGUCUGAAUUUGUAAAAACGCACCAAUCAUCAAAUGCUUUUGAGAAAUAUGACAUGUAUGGUUUGUACCUGGACUUAUUUUGCAGUGGAUUAGAUGAUGUGCUGGAAGUUUAUCGCCAUGAAUUAAUUUUAAUGGAGGAAGAAAUUUUAAAAGACUCAUUUUUACCUUUAACUUAUUUUUUAAAUCUUGAAAAGUAUCAGCCUCUACUCAAGGUGUUGUGUGAUAUAGUUUCUGAGCUGAAGAAAGAAAAGGUUCAUGGUUGUGGAAUCUUAGAUCUUCUGCAUAAACAUGCCAGUUCUGGUGACUCUUUACAGGAAAUGUCAAUAAACAAAAUUCUGCAAAAAUGUCAUUCGGUGAUGUUUAGACAAGUUUUUUGCUGGAUGAUGAAUGGAUAUAUAGAAGAUCCGUAUUUAGAGUUUUUCAUUCAACCUGAAUGUUCAGAAAAGCGAAAUUCUGGCGUGCCACCAUUUGUCAACACAGCAGAAAUGGAUUUAAAAGAACCAAGGUAUAUUCUGAAGCCUUCUCUUCUGCCAUCUUACAUACCAAACGGUCUUGCUGCUAAAAUCUUAUUUGUUGGAGAAUAUGUAUCUGUGUUGGGAGCAGCAGAAGACUCUAAUGCAUAUACCCUUUUUCAAAAAAAGGAACAUUCCUUUGAAAAGAAAAUAGAGGAACUUUUGUCAGAGCCAGAAUUUUCCCAACUUUCGUUUGAAACAACAAUUGAUGGUAUUAGGAAAUGUGCCGCUGAACAUCUGUGGCAGUUGAUUGUCAAAAAAGCCAAUGUAAUAGAUCAUCUAAAGAUUAUGAAAGACUUUUAUCUUCUGGGUCGUGGAGAAUUAUUCUUAAGUUUCAUUGAUAAAGCAAGUAAUCUUUUAAGAAUGCCAGUUACAACAACUGCAGAAAGUGAUGUGAAUAAAAUUUUUCAAAUGAUUACACAUCAAAUGUUUCCUGAGGAUGACCCAACAACGGAUAAAUUUCGUGUUAUUUUGCAAGCUAAAGUAAAAAAAGGUGGUGAAGUCGACAAAGAAAGUUUAUCAAAAACAAAAUUAGAAACUGGAUGGUCAUCAAUUGGAUUAUUAUAUGAUGUUCCACAUCCACUUCAUGUUUUAAUUACGUCAUCUACAAUAGAUAGGUACAAUGUAAUUUUUCGAUUUCUGUUAUCUGUUCGAAAAGUGCAAAUGGAGUUGCAUCAGUGUUGGGCUCUACAAAUGAGAAUGAAAACAGCAAGACAUGAACCUUCAUUUAUGCUCCUGUGGCAGUUACGAUCUCACAUGUCAUUUCUCAUUGAUAAUUUUCAGUAUUACAUUUUAGUAGACGUUUUGGAGUCUUGUUUUAGUAACUUAAUGGAGAAAAUGGAAAGUGUGAAAGAUUUUGAAGAAAUUCAACAGUAUCAUGACCGUUUCUUGUGUUCAUUGACUUCUCAGUGUUUUCUAGAAUUACAUACAGUUUAUAAUUUCUUUAUCGAGAUAUUUGACCUAUGUUCUUCGUUCUGUAGUCUUAUGAAUAGGUUAGAUACAACAAUAACUCAAAGGGAUAUUUCCCAAUUUGAAAAUCUAAAACAGAGUUUCCAACGCAAGACAGACCUAUUACUCAGAACAUUGUCUGGGGUUCGAAGUCGACAAGUCAGCCCGCAUUUGGCGCAGUUGUUGCUGAGGAUAGAUUACAAUGGAUACUUCUUAAGCUCUUGUAAUCAGUUUCUAGGGAUUCAAAAAGCAAGAAGUCAUUUGUGCUAGAAUAGCAGUGAUUAUAGGAAUUCAACAAAAUUGUCUGCUGAUUUUAUACACAACUAUGACUAUUCCAAAUAGUCUCUAUUACUUAGAACAAAAAUAUGUAUAUAGUUUUAUAAACUCCAUAUAGAAAUGAACUUGGCAAAGAACGAUUUUAAAAGUGUUACUGUUGCUGUAUAUAUUUGUUUAUAGGUUGAUACUUUAACUAGGCAUAAGUCUGAUUGCAUUUUCAAGAAUUAUUCACACACGAUUUCUGAUAUUACAUCCAUUUCUAUGUAAUAUUUUU